AUGACCUUACCGGCGCCGUUGUCAACUCUGAGUGUUUACGUGAAGGUUGGGCACACAACGGCAAAGUGUUCGGCGUGCUGUGACGAGUUUGGGAAGCCACUGUCCUUUAGCAAGAAUGGCGUGCGAAAGCACCUCGAUUCGGCCACACAUUUAGCCAACGUGAAGACGUUGACUAACGUACGGACAAAGAGGACUAUUCAACAACCAAAGAGUACCCCCCCAAGGCAAAGUAUCCGCCCAAGGGCUGAAGUGGAUGUAGAAGAUAUAACUCUAGGCUUCUGGAACGCGCCGUCUCUGGUCCCUCAACCGGAGCUUCCCUCCGUUUCCCGCAAGGACUUUCUGUCGGUCUUCCAGUGCCUGAGCACGCCUCAGGAUGCUCCCGCUACUAAUGAUGAACUGGCUUCGACCGGCAAUGAUUUGUUUGAUGACUGUAUCACGCACGGUCAACCUACACCCAACCAACCUGGCUUAGCUAGUGAUUGCGAGCGACAGUCCGAGCUCGGUGACUUUGGCUCAGACUCGGAAGAGGAGGGCCAACCUUUCCAUGCCUCAUCUACAUCAUCAACUACACGUACCCGAUACCAAACCCAGCCCAACCCCUCGCCAGAUGAGUGGUUUCCGUACGCAUCAUUUGCGAUGUGGGCCAUUCUUGAGUUUGCACGCGCAACAGGGGGUCAAAACAUACCAACCCUUUCGGCUCUUCGGAAGACUCAAGACAAGCUCAAGGCGCAAGUUGGCGAUCCAACGCACCGACAUGUAUCACCAAGUGGCACUGCAUUCCAUCUGAACAAAAUCUCAGAAACUUUGAAACAGGAUAUGGCGAACCCCCAUCUGCGGCCACACAUGAACUUCAUCCCUCACGCCGAGGGAAGGUACAUGUCGCAGGCAUGGCAUGCAUUUAAAAUGGUACACGACGUUAGUGACCACGUCCUGACACCAAGUGUGAGGUCUGGCGGCCGCAUAUACUAUGUUAACGAGCUGGCACGACGCAAGAACGAUUAUUUUCUGCCCCUGAGGUGGAUCACCUAUGGCCCUUUGAAAGAGCUGUACGCGAUCGGAUAUCACACAACUGAAUCGCCAUCGGGCUUAUUGGUUUGUAGCGAUAAAAGGAUGACCGUGAAGGUGUCGACCUUCCUCGAGACCUUCCCUGAGAUGUUGCAACGAGGCGCUGUCCCCGUCUUUUCUGCCAAAAUGCCCCAUCCACUUCGUACAGUCGCCGGUUCUCGGCCUGUCUAUUCAAUCCCACUCAUUAUAUUCAUGGAUGACGCAUCAGGGAAUACCUUGAAACAGUGGAAUAAGCAUUGGUCUUGCUACCUAUCCAAUGCAUCUCUUCCACGCAAGGUUCUUCAAGCUGAAUAUAACGUCCGAUUUGUGGCUACAUCCCCACAUGCAACUCCUUUGGAGCUGAUGCAUGGUAUUCGUAAUUCGAUCGAUGCUGUGUGCCGCCUUGCAUUUGACUGUUUGAAUAAAGAAGAAGUCUUUAUUCGACCGUUUCCUCUGUUCUGGGCUGGUGACAACCCGAUGCAAGCAGAACACUGCAGUAGCAGUGGGCUUGCCUCUAAUAAAUUCUGUCGUACAUGCGAGGUCGGCGGCAAUACUAACUUUAAGCUGUCCAUUGUGGGCUAUUGUUCUUUAUUCGAGCCAGGAGUUACACGGAGUGCAAUCAAAACUCGAAAACUGAUUGAGGAGCGUCUGGAUAUGGUCUUAAAGCCCCGGAUGAUACAAAAAGUCAAGGAUCACGUUUCAGAUUUGGGCAUCAAAGACCCAAUUGCGCAGCCUCUAAUCGAUUGGCUACUAACGCUUGGGAAGGACUUACUGAAACCAGACGACAGUGGGGUUCGUCAAACGGCGCAAGAAGUCAAAAAUAUGCUGAAGGUUGAGGUCGCUACCGCACGCAAGGUUGGAUUUAUGAACCCGUUACUAGAUAUGGAAGGACUCGGUGGUGAUAUUCACCUGGAUACGCCAACAGAGAUACUUCACACGAUUCUACUUGGUGUCGUGAAGUAUUUUUGGGCGCAAUCCGUCUUUGUACUUGAAAAAGACAAGAAGUUGAGCUUAUUGGAGUCACGCUUAGCCUCGGUUAACACCGCCGGGUUGGAUAUUCCUGAACUCAAUGCUGCAUAUAUUUGCCAGUAUCGCGGGUCGCUUGUUGGCAGGCACUUCAAAGCUAUUGUUCAAGUUAUACCCUUUGUCAUGUACGAUUUAUUUGCAGGGAAUAGACACUUAAUCAGUGCGUGGCUCUUACUUGGGCGAAUGACCUCUAUGCUUUGGUAUACUGCUAUUGACGACAUUGAUGCAUAUACGAAUGAGCUUCGCGAUCUAAUUCAGGAUUUCUUGCUGGUCACGGCCUCGUGCAGCCCAAGCAUCAUGAUCUUGAAGCCAAAAUUCCAUUUCCUUGUUCAUCUACCUGGAUUCAUUCAACGCUUUGGCCCUGCGCUUUUGUUUUCAACCAAAAGAUUUGAGUCCUUCAACGGUGUAUUCCGUGCAGCCUUGACAUUCAGCAAUCGACAGGCGCCAUCCCGUGAUAUUGCACGUCGAUUUGCAAACAUUGAACGUGCAAAACAUAUUUGUUCAGGAGGAUUUUGGAAGGAGGGAGGGGAAUGGGUGUGUGCAAGCCCAGCCAUACGCGCAUAUCCAGCAAAGAGCACGGUCUUUAGGUCCGUCCGCACGCGUGCCAACCCAAAUGUAAUCCCAUGGAUGGAGCUUGUUCAAGGUGUUGGGGCUUCCCACUUAGAGGCUCCCGGAGGCUGUGACAACCAUUAUAUUCAAGCGGUAUCAAUGGUCUCACAGUCAGGCGAUACCGUGAGAGCGGGAUCCAACAUUUUGCUCCAAGACCAAUCGUUUGGUCAUGUACGAGCUAUAUUUGUACAUCAUUUUACCAAUGGUGACACAGUUGACUAUGUGCUGAUUGAGAGGUAUAUACUUGCCGAACAAAAACACCCCCUUCUGGACAUGCCAAUGGUCUCUCGGUCGGGUACGUUAGCCUAUGUACCAGCAGUGGAAGUAGAAUGCUUGGUGAACUUGCAACAUGAUUGUGCAACGUCCCAGAAGUGCAAGUGUACCAAAGUCACCUACGAGAUCCAGGAACGCGAGAGAAUGUCAAAGGCACUCCUUCGCGUUAAUCACUCAGACCAAGUACAAUUUAUUAUUAACAUACACGCGCUACAUAAUUCCCUCCAACUGAGACGUGCGAUCUCUCCUGAACUCCAUUUGCGAAAGACUUUGUCCCUCAACAAAGAAGAAAUAUUUAGUACAGCAGUCGAAAAAAUGAAGAAUAACAGGGCUGAGAAGGCUCGAAUUGCCGCGGCAAAGAAAGCUGCAAAAGCAAUGGUUGAAGAAGUGGUUAGAGGUACCGGUGCGGGCGCUGUGGGUGACACAGGCAAUGGGGGUGAUACAGGUGAUACGGGCGAGGCUCCGGAAAUGGUGAUAGAAGCCCCUCCAAGGAAACGCAAGAGGAAUCAAGGAGCAGAAUAUCUCCUAGCUCACGUACACAACCCAUAA